CGGGUCACCAGGCAUCAGGUCAUUUGGCUCGACAGCGGGCACCGCGUCAUCUGGCAAGGCAGUGGGCUCUGAGUCAACUGGUAUGACCGCGGACACUGGGUCAGACAUUGGAUCGUCUGACUGGACAGCGGGCAUCGGGUCCACCAGGCAUCAAGUCAUUUGGCUCGACAGCGAGCACCGCGUCAUCUGGCAAGGCAGUGGGCUCCGAGUCAACUGGCAUGACCGCGGGCACUGGGGCAGACAUUGAAUCGUCUGGCUGGACAGCGAGCAUCGGGUCACCAGGCAUUCAAGUCAUUUGGCUCGACAGCGGCACCGCGUCAUCUGGCAAGGCAGUGGGCUCCGAGUCAACAGGCACGACAGUGGGCACCGGGUCAUCAGGUACCGGAUUGUCUGGCUCGACAGCGGGCAUUUCGGGUCACCAGGCAUCAGGUCAUUUGGCUUGCCAGCGGGCACCGCGUCAUCUGGCAAGGCAGUGGGCACCCGGGUCACCAGGCAUUGCAUCGUCUGGGCUCGACAGCGGCAUCGGGUCACCAGGUAUGACAGCGGGCACUGGGUCACCAGGCAUCAGGUCAUUUGGCUUGCCAGCGGGCACCACGUCAUCUGGCAAGGCAGUAGGGGGCACCGGAUCAGGUACUGGAUCAUCUGGAUCAACAGCGGGUAUCGAGUCAACUGGCCUAAUAGGAUCGUCAGGCUGGAUC